CCCACCGGUAGCCCCGGAAGUCUCCAUCAUAAAAAAUCCGAGCUUUCUUCCUACACUCCCCCUCUCUCCUCUCAUUCUCCUCGAAAAAACUCUUCCAUGGCGACCUCUGUGAUGCUCUCGUCCACAAUCCCAGCUGCUUCUCCGACCCCGGAAGUGGGUCCCUCUACUGGGGUCCCGAAGUCGCCAUUUCUGAGCUCCAUCAAGCUUUUGGCGAGCCGUUCUUCACUUUCUCAGCUCAAAGCAAGCGUGGGAGUUGGAAGGAGCAGGAGAAGGGAACGGGGCCCGGUCGUCAGGGCUUCGCUCGACCACAUACCGAAGCAGUUCAGGCAAGAGAAUCUGAAGGAAGGAUUGGCUGAAAAUUUUAAGAAUGUUCCCCAGUAUCUUUAUGGCCUGUCACCUUCGCAAAUGGAUAUGUUCAUGACAGAAGAUAAUCCUGUUCGCAGGCAGUCACAGAAAGUCACUGAGGAAAGUAUCUCAUCAGCACGAAACUAUUUGGAUAAUGGAGGCAUGUGGAGUUUAUCAGGAACGGACUACAAGAGUCCUUCCAAAUAUAGUAUGAGUGUGAGCAUGUAUCGAGGAGGUGCCAGAGGAUAUGGAAGGCCGAGAACUGCUCCGCCGGAUUUGCCUUCACUGCUCUUAGAUGCUCGAAUAUGCUACCUUGGCAUGCCCAUUGUGCCAGCAGUGACUGAGCUUCUAGUUGCUCAGUUCAUGUGGUUGGAUUAUGAUAACCCUUCAAAGCCUAUAUAUUUAUACAUCAAUUCACCUGGGACCCAGAAUGAGAAGAUGGAGACUGUGGGAUCUGAAACAGAGGCAUAUGCCAUCGCUGACACAAUGGCUUACUGCAAAUCUGAUGUUUACACUGUGAACUGCGGGAUGGCGUACGGUCAAGCAGCAAUGCUACUGUCUCUUGGAACUAAGGGUUUCCGUGCUCUCCAGCCAAACUCUUCCACGAAAUUGUACUUGCCUAAGGUCAAUAGAUCAAGUGGAGCUGUCAUAGACAUGUGGAUUAAGGCGAAAGAGCUUGAUGCCAACACUGAGUAUUACAUCGAACUACUAGCAAAGGGCAUAGGGAAGCCCAAAGAAGAAAUUUCUAAGGACAUUCAGCGGCCCAAGUACUUUAGAGCACAAGAAGCCAUUGAUUAUGGGAUCGCUGACAAGAUUAUCGACUCGAGGGAUGCUGCUUUCGAGAAAAGGAACUACGAUGAGAUGCUCGCUCAAUCAAAAGCAAUGCGAAGAGGGGCUGGAAUCGGUCCACAAGCUGCUCCAUCUGGGUUUAGGUGAUUGCAAAAGCCACUUCUUUUCAUCUAUGUAUAAAGGACAGAAGUUGGAGAGCUUUCCCUUUUCUUCCCCCCUAUGUGUACGAUAAGCCUCGAACAUGCUCUUCUGUGGGCAUAUUGGCUCUUGAUAUUCACCAUACUGGAAGUGGGUUCGCAUGUGGUUGAUAGAGUAGAAUACUACUCAGCUUUGCCUAGAAUUGUGUACUCAUAGGAUUUUCGAAAUACGUUUUUACAAGCCGUAUAAAGUUAAAAAGGAAAGCUUUAAUUAUCGCCA